UGCUCCCGACCGACCCGGGUGGUGGAGCCCGCGGCGGGGCCCCCUGCGCGCUUCCCGAGCGGCCGGAGGAGGAGUCCAUGGUGCGGAACUUGGCUGGGGGGGGACCUGGCCUCCUGCGCUGGCGCAGCCGCCGGAGCCACGCCUGGACCUCGGCCUGAGGAAACUCCUUCACAAGGAGAGAUGAAGAAGAAAUCUGUGUAUAAUUAGAAUGUGGGUGAUCAGGAGUGUGAAGAUAUGGAAGGUGAAGAAAACAGAAAUAAUGCUGGUACCUCUGGCCUAUUGUACAGUGAAACAGACAGAUGUCCAAUAUGUCUUAGUUGCCUCUUAGGAAAGGAAGUUGGUUUUCCAGAAAGUUGUAAUCAUGUCUUCUGUAUGACCUGUAUUCUUAAAUGGGCAGAGAUAGUGGCUUCUUGUCCAAUUGACCAGAAACCUUUUCAGGCUGUUUUUGAACUCAGUGUAUUUGAAGAUUGUGCUAAGAUUCAAGUAAAAAGACAAUUGAGAGAAAUAAAAGACAAAGAAAACGAAAGGUCUUUUAAGAAACAACUCUUUUAUCAUGGAAGUUCCAAAAGCAAUAAAAGAAAAAGAAACACCAUUGGAGAAGAUGUAGUAUGUGAAAGAUUUCAUGAUUUGAAGGUGUUGAAUAGAAUCUUUUCAAACAAUAAAAUGGAUGAGAAGAAAAACACUACAGUAAAGACAAAUAAGGUUCGAAGAUCAAAUCAAUCUACAGAUCCUUGUAUCGGACAUUGCGUGUCCAGUUUGUUUUCAUGCGGCAGCCAUCAUGUGGGACCUCAAAUCUAUAGAGCUUACUGUACAGAAUCUGUAGAAGUCAGUGAAAUCAGGGCAUUGAUUAGGCAAAAACGACAGGAAUUGGAGUUGUCCUGGUUUCCUAAUACAUUACCUGGAAUUGGAAGAGUUGGUUUUGUACCUUGGAGUCCUGAGACAGAAGUCCUUCCCUUGAUUGCCUCUGUGUUGCCAAGGACUAUUUUCUCAGCAAGUACCAUGUCAUUAGAAAAUUUUGGUACUUCUCAUAAGGGAUGCGCAUUAGCACACACCCAAGGAGGAGGAGAAAAGAAGCAAACUUCGGGCACAUCCAGUACCAGAGGAUCAAGACGAAAACCUGCAACAUCUGUUCCUACAAGGAGGUCCACACGAAACACAAGAGCAGAGACAGUCAGCCAGCCCCAGAAGUCCCCAGUGUCAAAUAACUCUGAGUGGGAUGCCCCGGGGAACAGUAAUUCCUCUGUAAGUCUUUCCCCUCCAGCUGAAUCAGAAACGCAAACAAGACAGGCUCCAAAACGGAAGGCCGUAAGGAGAGGAAGAAAGCCACCUCCACUGAAAAAGAAACUUCGGAAGUCUGUCCCUCCCCCUGAAAAAACAACAUCUAGUGAUUCCGUAGAGGAAGAAACAGUGGACUCUGACACACCGCCCAUGGUGGAGAAAGAGCAGCAAUCAGGAGUAGAAAGUAGUAGCAUUUCUUCUGUUCUGACAGAUGGGGAAAAUCAUUUGGUUAAUUGCUUGAAAAGCUGCAGUGAAGAACAAGAAAAUGAACAAACCACGAAUCAUGAGCUAGAGGAUGAAGUAGAAUUUUUAUGUUCUGAAUCUUGUAGUCAGGAUCCUCCUGUGCUUGUUGGAGAGGAUACAGGUGUAGAGGCUAAGGAGUUGUGUGUAGACCAUGAGAUUGCUACAGAUACUCCUGUACAAGGAAGUGAUCCGAUAGAACAUCAAGAGCAGGUGCCUGGAAGUUCAGAGUCAGAGGUCCUGGCACCUGUGUGUACAGAGAGUCCUCCUGAUGGUGUUUGUACGUGUCCAGCCUCUGACAUUGAAGGACCUCAGCCAGUGUCCAGUCCUCUGGGUGAAAUAUCUGAAAAUACAGAGUCAGUGGUUAAUGAUGAAAAAAUAGAGGAGAGUCUUGUAGUAGAAAGCAACGAUUUGAAAGAGCCUUCAGUAAACAUAGAAGCAUCUGUAGAGAGCCCCAAAUUGGAAUCUUCUGAGAGUGAAAUUGCACACACACUGGACAGACACUGUGUUGCCAGCUCAGACACCGAAUUGCCUGAGCAUGUUCAAACUGAAAAUACAGAAAUAAUUCCAAUACGUGACAGUUCAGAAAAUGAAAGUUCCGAUGCUAGUCAAGAUUGUGAAGAUAAUUUAUUGAAGCAUAAUCUUGAUGACACCCAAUUGGACAAAUCUUUAGAGGAAAAGACAGAAACUCUGAUUGAACAUCCCCUACCUAUAGAGUUACCUAACACAGAAGUUGAACAGAGUGAGAAACAUUUUAGUGAAGAUAAUAAUGAAACAGUACCUAUGGAGUGCGAUUCAUUUUGUAGUGACCAGAAUGAGUCUGAAAUGGAAUCAACUGUAAAUACUGAUUCUAAACAAUUGAAUGAAAAUUCUGUGACCCCCAGUUCUGAAAAUAAGCUGUCUUCUGAUCCUACAAUUGAGAAGGUUGAAACCGUAGCUCAACCACCUGAAAGCCUAGUGGAUACAGCCCCAAAGCCUCGUACUCGGAGAUCUAGAUUUCAUUCUCCAUCUACAACUUGGUCUCCUAACAAAGACACUGCACAGGAAAAGAGGCGGGCUCAGUCUCCAUCUCCAAAAAGAGAGACUGCAGUAGAAAGCAAGACUUCUCAGUCACCAUCACCCAAGAGAGAGUCUGCCAGAGGACGGAGAAAAUCUCGUUCUCUCUCACCAAAAAAGGACGUGACAAGAGAGCGGGGGCAGUCUCGGUCUCCAAAGAGAGAGAGUGCUCAGGAAGCCAAAAGAUCGGAGUCAGUGUCCCCGAGAAGAGAUGCUCCUAGAGAGAACCAGAGAUCCCAAUCCAGAGCAAAAGAUUCUUCCUCAAGAGAAAAAUCUAGGUCCCGGAGCAGAGAAAGAGAAAGUGAUAGAGAUGGGCAGAGGAGAGAUCGAGAUAGUGACCAGAACGAGAACAGGUGGUAAAGCCGUACACCCCUCUCAGGGAGUGACUCCUUCAAGUCUGUGGAGCAGCAGCCAUCUAAGCGGAAAAGUGAGCAAGAUGUCUCUUUUGGUACGCCUGCAGACAGGUCGGGGUGGACAUCCGCGUCCAGUUGGGUAGUAAGAAAGACUCUGCCAGCCGAUGUACAGAACUAUUACUCUCGGCGUGGGAGGAAUUCUGCAGGUCCACAGUCUGGGUGGAUGAGACAAGAGGAGGAAACACCUGAACUGGAUUCUAACUUAAAAGACCAAACAAACCAAGUUGAUGGUUCUCAGCUACCUGUAAAUAUGAUGCAGCCACACAUGAACGUAAUUCCACCCCCAAUGAAUGCACAGCAUCAGCCUAUGAAUAUCUUCCCAUACCCAGUGGGUGUUCGUGCCCCUUUAAUGAAUAUGCAGUGUAACCCAUUCACCAUGCACCCUCAGCUGCCCCUGCAUCUCCACACAGGAGUGCCUCUCAUGCAGGUAGCUGCCCCUGCAAGUGUACCUCAGGGACCGCCACCACCACCCCCUCCUCCACCAUCCCAGCAGGUCAGCUAUGUGGCUUCACAACCAGAUGGAAAACAAGUGCAGGGCCUUCCCAGUGCUUCUCAUGUAAGUAAUAACAUGGCUACACAAGUCUUGCCUGCUCCAUCAGCAGCCCCAGGAAACACAGGAUCAGUUCAGGGACCAAGUUCUGGUAAUACUUCGUCAUCAAGUCAUGUCCAAGCCUCUAAUGCUGCUGUAAAAUUGGCAGAAAGCAAAAAAUUGCAAAUUCAAGAGAAAGCGGCACAGGAGGUGAAAUUGGCUAUUAAGCCGUUUUACCAAAAUAAAGACAUCACCAAGGAAGAGUACAAGGAGAUCGUGUGGAAAGCCGUGGACAAAGUUUGCCAUAGUAAGAGUGGAGAAGUCAAUUCUACUAAAGUGGCAAAUCUGGUUAAAGCCUAUGUAGACAAGUACAAAUACUCACGGAAGGGGAGCCAGAAGAAAGCUCUGGAAGAACCCAUG